UUUUUGAACGUUCCCUUGGCUCCGUCUUCGGCGUUGUUCACUUGCUUGUUUUGUUUUUGAAGCUGUCAUCAUUCUCACGAUCGCAUGCAUGCGAUGGAUCUUUUGCCAAACAUUCUCAGUUUUUAUGGUUUUUAUAUUAGAUUUUAAAUUUGUAAUCCAUCUACAGCCCACAAAAUGCUUAGUAAUUAUCUAUUAAAUCAACAGAAAAUCCUGCUCAUCAAAGACCACAUCGGAAUCGAAAGCACCGCCUUCAAGGUAGUUAAAAAGUGGCUCUGCGACGGAAAAGGACCAGACGUUGUCCCGGAACCGGUGGAACUGCUCGACGAACAGGGUCCAUUUCUUUUUGCUCGCAUAUCCAAGCUUGCCCGUUCGAAAACUCCCCGAGAUCUUUUCCAAUUCGUGCAACGUUGCAAGCGAAACCCCUCGGUCCAGUACCUGUUCCUGUGGGCAACGGAGAAGAACAUCUCUGAAAGCUUUUUGGUGCCUUAUUUGGAACAUCAGAGCGAAUUGAUUGUUACCCUAGAGGACGAACGGCAUCUGACAAUUUUGGUGAAGAAAACGAGCGGUUCGAUCAGCAACAAACGGUACCAGUACCAACUGCAGGAGGGUUGUUUCUCCGUGAAGGAACUGAAGAAAACCGAUGUAGGGAAGACGGUUGCGGCAGCGGUUGACACGUCUUCGGUGGCCAGCGUCGAUCCGGCUUCGCUGGGAACUUUCAAAAUCGGCAAUCUGAAGAAGGAGGAACAGGAAGCGAAGGAAGCUCUAACGUUGCCAUUCGAAUUCUUCAAAACAACCCCCGAAGGCGGUCGAGUGUUGUACCACCCGGAUGCAGAUGACGAUCUGGACGAAGAAGACCCGGACGAUGAUUUACUGAUAUGAAUCAAGAGAACAAAAAACGUGAUUUGUUUUCGAAAAUACAUUCUUGUACAGUUUUUUUUAUUAACGAUUCGA